AUGCUUUCACAACCCACCAGCAAUGCGCCCGAGGGUAGCACCGCAACCACCACCGACACAACCACUAGCCCCGCUACAAUGGGUCCCACAACCGGCCCUUCUACUACCGUCCAUGAAGCCGCAGCAGCCACUCGCGCGGAACAUACCCUAGGCCUGCGCGCCUCCUUCCGCUUGUACCGCCCGGCGUGCCUGUGGUCCAUCUUCUUGUCCACCUGCAUCGUCAUGGAAGGGUUCGACAAUGCCUUCCUCGCCAGCCUGUUCGCAUAUCCGCCCUUCCAGGAACACUUUGGCGUGCGCCAGCCCGACGGGUCGUACCAGCUCACAGCCGCGUGGCAGACCGGUCUCACGAACGGCGUGUUGGCAGGCCAAGUCUUGGGCUUGUUUGCGAACGGCAUUGUGGCGGAUCGGUUCGGGUACCGCAAGACGCUGAUCGGUGCGCUGGCUGCGUGUGUGGCGUUCAUCUUUAUACUGUUCUUUGCGGACACAUUGGAGCAGUUGUUGGUCGGCCAGGUGUUGAUCGGGAUUCCGUGGGGCGUGUUCCAGACGCUGACAACGACAUAUGCGGCGGAGGUGUGUCCGACGCAUUUGCGGGCGCAUCUAACGACGUACGUCAACUUGUGCUGGGUCAUGGGCCAGUUCAUUGCGUCCGGCGUGCUGCGCGCGAUGUUGAGUCGCAAUGACGUGUGGGGGUACAAGAUCCCGUUUGCGCUGCAGUGGAUGUGGCCUGUGCCGUUGAUGGUGGGUAUUUGGCUUGCGCCGGAGAGCCCGUGGUGGUUGGUGAAGAAAGGCAGACUAGAGGAAGCAAAGCGAUCGCUGUCGAGGUUGACCAGCCGGAACACCACGCAGGAGAAAGACGGCGCUGCCUUCAAGCUGGACGAGACGAUCUCCAUGAUGGUGCACACCAACGAGAUGGAAAAGGAGCUCCUCGCGGGCACCUCGUACGCAGACCUCUUCCGCGGUGUCAACCUCCGCCGCACCGAAAUCGUCUGCACCACUUGGAUGAUCCAAACCCUCUGCGGCUCCAACUUCAUGGGCUACUCAACCUACUUCUAUCAACAAGCCGGCCUGGCCGUGGAGAACUCCUUCAGCAUGUCCCUCGGCCAGUACGCCCUCGGCGCCAUCGGCACGGUCGCAUCCUGGUUCCUCAUGAACUGGUUCGGCCGUCGCACGCUCUACCUCAGCGGACAGGUCAUCAUGUUCGCCCUGCUCCUCGCCAUAGGCUGCGCCUCGCUCGCCGGGCGCUCCAACGUAGCAGCCCAAUGGGCCAUCGGAUCCCUCCUGCUGAUUUACACCUUCACCUAUGAUGCCACCGUCGGCCCCGUCUGCUACUCCCUUGUCGCGGAACUCACUUCCACGCGAUUGCGCACCAAAUCGGUGGUGCUCGCGAGGAAUACGUACAACAUCAUGGGCAUCGUGACAAAUAUCAUCACGCCGCGCAUGCUGAACCCGACGGGCUGGGACUGGGGCGCCAAGUCUGGUUUUUUCUGGGCGGGAACAUGUGCGCUGUGCGCGGUGUGGACGUAUUUCCGCUUACCGGAGCCCAAGGGGAGGACGUAUGGUGAGUUGGAUGUGCUGUUUGAGCAGGGGGUGAGUGCGCGGAAGUUUAGCUCGACUGUGGUGGAUGUGACCGGGACGUCGGGGCAUUUUGUUGCGGAGAAGGUGAGGACGUCGGAGGAUGAGGUUGUGGAGCAUCAUGUUGAGGGUCGUAAUUGA